AUGCGAGCGAUCCUGGCGAUGUACCUGAACGAGAGAUUAAAGCUGUCGCAGGCGACGGCGACGGAGAUGGUGCAUCUCUUCAUCGUCGCCGCGUACCUCGCUCCCCUGUUUGGCGCGUUCAUCAGCGAUAGCUACCUGGGCAAGUACCGGACCAUCCUGUACCUCUCCUUCAUCUACUGCGCCGGCAACUGGCUCGUCGCCUUCUCCGCGCUUCACACCACGCCGUCCGCCGCGCUCCCGUGGGCCGUCGCGGGGCUGACCUGCCUCGCGCUGGGCAGCGGCGGCAUCAAGCCGUGCGUGUCGUCGUUCGGCGGCGAUCAGAUCGAGAUGACCAACCCUCCCGGCGCGGCUCGGGACCGCCUGGUUCGGCAGUUCUUCUCGUAUUUCUACUUCGCGAUCAACGUCGGGUCGGGGAUCUCGACGAUCGUCACGCCGCUGUUGCGCGUUAAUUUCUCGUAUAGCGCCGCGUUCGCGCUGCCGGCCGUGCUGAUGAUGGUUGCCACGUGUCUCUUCUGGCUCGGCAGCGGGAGUUACGUGCACCAGCCGCCCGCGGGAAACGUGGUGUCGGAAGUCCUCUCGAUAAUCAUCUCCGCUUUAUGGCCGGGGAAAGCGCGGCGGAAAUCCUACCCCACCCUGGCCAUGCCCAUGCCCAUGCCAAUCCCGGAACGCCACGCCAGCUGCGCUGACGUGGACAGCUCCCCGCUCCUCUCCAGCAGCCCCGCGUCGUUUGGCGCGGGCAGGGGAGGCAGCUUCCAAUCGGGGAGCCCGCUGCUUGGCGGCCAGUCCGAAUCAUUUCAGACUCAGACUCAGAGUCAGCAGCGGAAAGGCAGCCAGCCGACGCUGCAGAAGAAGCUUUCAAAGCGGGGUAGCAAGCGGGCCAUAGUGCCGGUGGGGUUUGUUCCCAAGGCGCACUGGCUGGAUCCCGCCAAGGGCGCGCACGGGGAGGAGGCGGUGGAGGACGUGAAGCUGCUGCUGCGCGUGCUGGCGCUGUUCGCCCCCGUGCCCAUCUUCUGGUCGCUCUUCGACCAGCAGGCCAGCCGCUGGGUCUUCCAGGCGGAGCGCAUGGACGGGCAUUUCUGGGGGAUCACGGUGGAGCCGGAUCAGAUGCAGACCAUGAAUGCAGCGCUCAUUCUGGUGAUGAUACCGCUAUUUGAUCAGGUGAUUUAUCCUUCGUGCGAGCGCCUGGGCGUGUCCAUCCGCCCCAUCCGCCGCAUGGCCACCGGCAUGACCCUCGGCGCCCUCAGCUUCGCGCUCUCCGGCCUCCUCCAGAUUUGGAUUGAGGCUCGGGCCAAGUCUGGCUCACCGAGCCUGCUACUAGGCUCGGCAGUGACCGCUGCUGUUGCAGGGGUGGGGAGUGUGGGCGCAGGGGAUGGAGCUGGUAGGGUGCUACUGGACAUGAUUGGGGGUAACAUGACAGCAAGUGUUAGCAGUUUUGGCGGCAUGAGUGGUAUGAGUAGCAAUGCCAGCAUGACGAGCAAUAUGAGUGGUAUUGCUGGUCCAAUUGUGGCUGGUCCCACGAUGGACGGAUGGGGGGGUGACCUGGUGCCACAGUAUGUGAUCAUGACAGCGGGGGAGAUCCUCUUCAGCAUCACAGGCCUUGAACUCGCUUACUCUCAGGCACCCGCCAGCAUGACUGCUGUUGUCACUGCUUUUUGGUGCCUCACUGUGGCUGGAGGCAAUCUCUUCACGGCGGUGGUGGUGGGGACUGUCGGCUCACACCUCUCUCAAACACAAGAGUUUUUCUUCUUCACCAUCAUGUGCCUCAUCUCCACUGCUCUACUACUCUAUGUCGGCAAGGGCUUCAUCUAUGUAGAGAGCUGCCAGGACUUUGAGCACCCUGACCCCUUCUCGCAGGGUGGUGCUGGUGGGUUUGGUUCGGUUGGUGGGAGUGGUGAGGGGCAUAGUGCCCCGCUGCCUGUGCCCGGUGGGUCGGGUGCGCGGCACGAUGCGCUGUUUGAUAUUGAAGGGGCGGGGAGCGUGAAUUCGCCGCCUGCUUCGUACACUGGCACGCCUACAUGA